ACGGACAAGAAACACCGCGCGCCGUCAGUCCGAACGGUCCGAACAUUCUGGAAUUCCGGUGAGUAAAAUGUAACUGGAAGAAACUCUGAGACGGUUUAACUCGCCAGGGUGUUGAGAUUUUCAAAGAGGAGAAAUAACUAAUACGAUAAGCUGCACGUUUUGGGAGGAAGCACAUCAAAUGACAUAUUUUAUGAGGACUGUUUUCAAGUCUUUUGUUGUUGUUUCUAUUGCUUCAAAGUCCGUUGUGCCUAAUAUCUGUCACUGUAAGUUCCAUUUCAACUUCACUACAGCGCCCUGUUGACAAACUUCAGUCAUCCUCAGUUAAAUGUUAUGCUAAAUGUAGCAUAACAUUAACUGUGUACGUAGGAUGUCUGCACUUCCUGCAAAGCCUGGCCUUCGCCACAGUGAGACAGAGUGGCACAGCAACAACCACGAGCUGUCUGCCACGGCACAACAUGAGCGAUCCGUUUCCAAUGUGAUCCGGCAGGAAGGGAGGUCACUACGCAACGAGACCAACUGUAAGACAACCUGGGGUGAAAGCGACACCUCUCGCAGGUUAAGUGACCGGGCCUGGGAUGUCGCCCGGUGGAAAGAGGCGUUAGAAACCUGUGCAAAGAAAGUGGAUGAAGAGAUGGAGGCUCUGACACUGUCUAAGGAGCAGACCGAGCAGGCCCUGGCUGCCACUGCCGUUCCCCUGGAGGUUGGUAGUGAAUGCUUGACGCUGAGGGAUGGGCGGCGAGGGUACGAGCUUGUCCUUGACCCGGUAGAUGAGCAGCUGAAAAAAGAAGUGGAGCUGAUUGAAAGAGUGCAGCAAGUUCUGCAGCAGCAUAUAGACAAGGCCUUUGAACAGCUGUGCGUUUUGCAGGAGACUCGGCACCAUCUGACCGCUGACCUCCAAAACAAGAUAGAAGCCCUGGACAUUGAUAUAUCCUGUCUGUCACUUACAAUAAAGUCACCGCAGAUAUCGUUGAAGACCAACCCAACUCGCAUACCAUCGGGUUCCUCCACCCCACAGGAGUGGGUCCAGUUCAGCCAGUAUAAUGUGGCUCGGGCGCAGGAGGCCAUGCAGGUGUCCCAGCAAAUGAGGGAAGACGUGAGUCUUACCAGAGCUCAGUUGCAGAAUGAGAUGGACGCCCAGCGCAGGGCUACAGAGUUUGCUCUUCGUAAGCGCAAUCACCAUGAAGAGCAGGCCCGCAAUGAGCUGGAGUGGCAGAUAAGAACUACUGAAGAUGAAAUGGUAGAAAUGGAAAGCGACAUCCACGGGCUGGACGCAGAUCUACAGGCGAAGACGGCGUCCCUGAAACUGGCUCACACCCGACUGGAGAACAGGACCAGCAGACCUGGCAUGGACCUGUGCAGAGACGAGGUGCAGCACAGCCUCAUUAGUGAAGUCCAUCAGCUGGAGGCCACCAUCAUGGCUCUUAAACAGAAGCUGUCCGAGGCUCGGCACUCUCUGCAGAAGUUGAAGCUCCAUCACUCCCGCAUGUUGCAGGAUCUUUCCAGAAAACAGGAAGCCCUGUCUCUGGAACAACGGAGCAUGAACACCCGUACCCGCCUCGCGCCCACCUCCUGCACUGAUAAAACCCCAGUGCUGCUGGUUCCACUUGCAAACUCCAGUGGGAGGAGCAACCUGCAGCUGCUUGCUCAGUAAGGAAGGGAUGUAACUGCACUUUCUAACCGUGCAUCACCCUAACCCUAUCAACAAGCAACUGACAUAACGCUAAAAUGUUAUGUCUUAAAUUAAAGUCUUAAAUAAUCAAGCCUAUAAAGCUGAAUAAGAAAAUUUGAAGAAGAAAUGUUUUCCUGUGUUUUAUUUAUUUAUUUCAACGAGAACUGUCCUCUUGAAAAAAUAGUUUCCUGACCUGCCCAGACUUUCUUGUAUGGUCAAUUUGCUCUUAGUUGUGUUGUGUUCAAUUACCAGUGUGUCUUUGAAACAUCCGAAUUAUGUUCCAAAGGUGGAUUAUGUUAUGUUUGCUUCUAGUCUUAAUUAAACAUUUAGUCGUGGCAUCUGAAUGAAGCUACGCACAUGA